AAUAGCUAGGAAGCCAUGGUGCAUGUUUGAAUGGAAGUCGGUCUAAAUCAUGUAGAGAAUGUGUGUCAUCCUGACCAGGGCCCAUCAUCCACUGGAUAUAUCUGGAUAAUUAACGCUGUCCUUACAAUCACAGUGGAUGACACCACGACGUGUCUCGUCGCCAAUAAUCGCCAUUACAGAAUGAAUCAUCUUAUAUGUACAGAGAGUGACCAUGCAUGUCCUGAAGCUUCCCUGCUACAGCAGCCAUUUGAUGUAUUAAGUACCUGAAGCAAAGAAUGGGACAGAACGCCUCUAUGGAAGGAAAUCCAUUAAUGAGUGCAACUACAAGAGACGAACAAGGAGCCCUGAGAAGCAUUGGGGAGGACAAUACAAGUGAAAAGGAAAGUAAGAUUGAAGAAGAAGGCCAAGAUUCAUCAACAGAUUCUGACAUGAAGACCAAUUCAGUUCGGGCCGCUAUUGACUCUUUGAUAGAAUCGUGCCUUGGAGUUAAAUCCGAUGAAUCGGAGGCGGAAGACUCAAAAAAGGAUUCUGAGGAAGCUAAAGCUAAAGCCAGUCCACCGCAGGCAGCGGCAAGAGACGGGGGAAGCCAGCCAGUAGAUGUUGUGUUCAGUUUCAUGAAGGAUCGUAUUGUCGAUAUGAUAAAGAGUGACACCACAGAGGAAGUGACCAAUCGGAUACCCAGUGUUGACUUGGCCAUCAACUGCAAACAUGAGUCCAAACCUCUGACCAGUGAGAAGAGCCAGACCUGUACUAGACCAAGCUUGUAUGAGUCUCUUAAGAGGGAUGACAAGCUUCCUAAAAACACAGUGAGACUGCAGACUUUGAUAGACAAAGUGUUAGAUAAUUCAUUAGGCGAGGAUAUGCAUACUUCUCUCCCAGAUGUAAGCCACAAAGGUCAAGUUUCCAUGAAAUCCCUUGCUCAGAGUACUGCUACGACUGAGUCAACCACUACAGUGUCAACUCCAUCCUCCACAAGCUCGGACACAUCUGUUGUUGCCAGCGUUAAGGAAAAGAAAAGAAGCCCGGAAAUGGAGAAUUUGCAGAAUAAUAUGGUUUGUCUUAUGGAUCAUAUUGAAAGAGUUCUGGAAAAGAGCUUUGUCAACGAAGAAAUAUCCACUUCCAAUCCCGAACCAGUUAAUACUAUAAGUGUUCCUAAGGAAACAACAAAUGCAGGUAGUGGUUCAAUAACUCAAGGCAAGCCUGUCACUAGUGCCUCUGCUAAUGCUGGGUUAGAUGGUACUAUUAGUGUGCAGGAUAUUGUUGACCGAGUUAUCAGUCAAACUGAAGUGAUAAGCAAACUGUUGUCUCCAGGCAGUUCCGAUGAAGUAUUGAUAGAGAACCAUGGUACUCCUAGUGACAGUAAGAAAGGCUAUACCCAUGAGCAUGCUCGGGACAGUGAACGUCUUCAGCAUCGGUCGCCUGUGCCUGGUGCUAGCAAAUCCCCUUCUAGGUAUUCGGAUGCAGGAUCCAGCAUUCAUACUGAUGGACAUUCUGAAACACAUAGAAACUGGUCUCAGAAACCUCCACAAGACGGUUACCAUGGGCUUCACUCAAAACAUAUGCCUGUGGAUAAGGUGAAGGAACCCAAGCAGUAUGAACCUUCUGGAUACUCUGUUGGUAAAUAUGCGACGAUGGCAAAGCAAAAUGAAGCAAUGAUGGCUCGUUUCAACCCAAGAGCUUUAGCUCCAUACCUAAAUGGUGCAAUCCCUCGUCAAGGGAUGCUACCAAAGGCUCAGAUGUACAUGUUGCGUGGACACCCUAUGUACAUGCCACCAAGGGCUUUUCCUCCUCCUCUGAUGAGGGCUGAUGGCGUGCUAGCUUCAGAGAAUGAUGCAUCCUCCUUCUCUCAUAUGCCCAGUAAAAACUGUAGGUGUCUUAGUUGCCGAACGUUUUUCCAGUAUGGAGAAAAGUCGACGAAACAAAGCAAGCCAUCACCUAACAGUGCAUCCCCAAUGAUGAAUAUGCCUAUGUCACAGGCCGAACCUUCUUUCUAUCAGAAUCACCUCCAAGUGCCAGUUCAGUCUCCCCACAGUCAAGGUAUGAUAGUAAAGCAAGACAUGGCAAGGUUGCAAGCAACAUCCCCAAGCAAAUUUCCCAACACAACUGCUGUUCACAUGGCAAAUAUGAUUCAGUAUCCAGUUCAGCCUAUUAAACCCUUGCCAUAUCCUGCCACUCUAAGUCAUGGAGUACAAAUGGUUGGUGAUGCUUAUAAUCCAGAUAUGGCCAAGUCUGAUAGAAGACAAGACAGAGGCAGCUCUCAUGCAAGGCAAGACAUUUAUCAUCACAACGAAGGAAGCCCAUAUUCUUGCAAAGAUUUCCCACGAAAUGCUGAUAAUGCUCCACAGCCAGGUAGGCAUGGCCAGCCUCCAGUUGCCAGUAUUGGAAGUAGGCAGGAUGUCAUGCAUGCCCCCAAACCACAUGUCUCCCUUCCACCACAUGGUAGAGGGGAGAGAUAUGCCUCGCCUCAAGCACCAGUACUUGAUCUCACAGUAAAAAUACCAGAGAGUGUUCCUAUUGCUCAACCGGGACCAGAUUUAAUGGAUAAUGAUCAGCCCCUUGAUUUAUCAAAAAAGCCUUCCAAUCCUGCAAGUGUGCCUAGAGAUGUUGGACAUAGAGAAGGUGGUGGUAUUGUCCAUGGUCAAGUAGACUACAGUGGACGAGGUAACCACCACCUGCAGCAUCUGGAGAGCAGUGUAGACAAGCUCUUCCAGCAGGCCCAUUGUGGCUACCCACGGAAAGACAUGAUGCCAUUUGACAGAGGAGGUGGUGAAAACCCUGGCAAUGCGAUCAUGGCACCAACGAUAGUGUCAGGUAUGAUGAUGUCACCCGGUGGGCACAGACCUCAACUUCAUCCUAUUCCAGCACCAACAUUCUCGACGACUCCUUCUACAAUGUCAGCCCUUUCACCUGUCAGACCAGCAAAUCAGGUUUCCAUUUCUCAUGCUCAAGGUCAAGCUACAUACCCUUCAAUAACUCAGGAAAAGUUAUCACCUAAAACCUCAACGUCAGUAACGUAUCUGUCUCAGACUUCUACUCAUCAGCUCAGGGAAUCGCCCCAACCUCUAGCAUCUCCACAAGGAUCAGAAAAAGGGGACCUAUCUCAGAGGAAAGGCAGCGUAUCCAGGCAUGAACCCAUCCAAAGUAUCAUUGGAAACCAUCCUCCAAAUGAUAUCCUGUACCUCAUUUGUCGACUUUGUCGGCAAACCUACGGCAGUCCAUAUGGAUUUCGGAAACACUUCAGAAAUCAACAUGGGUUUGAGCCAAGAGCCGAACAUACAAUUGUCCAAACAAUCUCAGCAACUAAAUCAGCACUGCAGAGUCCUUAUAUGUUAAACCCACAAGAUCAUCAAGGAGAGCCCUUGAUCCCUACUGGACGAAGUUCAGCUCCACCUGAAAGAGAAGCUGUUUCAACCCCAGGUUCUGACUUUUACAGAGGCAAGAAGGAGAGCUUGUCUCCAUUGGAUCCAAGGGGUGUCUCCCCAAGUCAGCAGACCCAGCAGGAUUGGAACAAUAGCAAAGCCAGGGCAUACAGACGUGCCAGUGAUGGUCGCCCGAAGAGUUCACUUCGGGAUGACUGUGAGGAUACAAAGUAUCUUCAGUGUCAGCAGUGUAAUCAAACAUUUCAGCUCAAUGACUUUGGGUCAUACAAGCGCCAUUGUCGUCAGCACAACCAGGCUAGAACGCCAGGACCCUUCAUUGGUCCUGAAAGUCACCUUGGUGACUCUCCCUCUGGACUAGAACAGAACGAAAAGCACCUUGGAAGAACAGGAUUGUGCAGGUUUUGUGGUUGUCAGUUCUCUGUGUUAGCCCUUGAGGAACAUGUCAAGUCAGUUCAUUUUAAAGAAAUGUGUUCAGAUGGACAGCCUCCCCAAGCCAAGAAGCCUCACUCAAGCAGUAUUUCAAAUCCUACCUCUCCAGAAGGUCACACUCAAUUCAUAGAUUCUGGUGUUGGUAAAUCUAUCCCUGAGUUUCACAAAUUCCUCUCGGAACCUGUUCCCAACCCAAAUCUAGAGGUACAACGCUUACCAGCUGAUCAAAUUACUGUUAGUGCUAGUCCUGAUAGCAGUAGUGACAAGCCGUCUCAGUCAGACUACACUCACCCUACAUCUACCACCACUUCUCAGGCCUCCUGUCCUCAUGACUCUAACACUGGUGUAGAUAGGCCCAAACAGGACCAGGCUAGCAAUGAUAAAAAUAAUGAUUCAAACUGUGUUGAUUCCAAAGCUAGGGAGUUGAUGUAUCUCCAUGUGGAAGACGAUAAAGAUUCUGGUUUUUCAGGAGAAAGGUGUUCAUCAUCCGAGUCAAGGUCGCUUUCGAUAGAAAGCACCCAAGAUGGAGGACCUUUGGCAUCACCUGCAGAAGGUGAUGACCCGCAAGCCAAUUUUUACAGACAUAAAAAAUUUGGAAGUCAUCGCAAGAGAAAAGAAUCUUGCGAAAACCCAGAGUCAGAGUCCAAAGUUCCAAAGUUGGACCAAUCUUCUGGUGCUAUUUCAAAGGAAAAAGGUCCUUGUGCUCAAUCUAGUGGUAAGGAGGAGAAGCCAGAUACUCCUUUGUCAACAGACGAUAGUGGCAAACGACCGGACAAGGAGGUUGUGUCGGAAACUCCCAAGAAGACAGGAGCGAAGCAGGAGGCUCGUCACCAGUUGCCUUUUGUCUGGGAUAGGGUGACUCGUAUCCAGGCAGGGAAAAACAUAAAGCCACCGGAUUAUAUGACAUAGGGUUCCUUGUGGGACUAGGUCUUUGUGUAAUGUGCAAUUUGCAUGUGUGAGUGAUGGGAGAAAGACUAGAAUGUUUUACAUAGUGAUUGUCAGACACAUUAGCUUGUACUGUGAUUAAGUAGCACAUCAGGUCUGAACGAGGUCAGUUCUCAGGUCAGAUCUAGCAUCCGAUACAGAUAUCAAAUAUCAAAUCAGGUCAUUUUGUGUGGCAAUAUGUCUUAUUAUGGCCAGGAACUGUCAGUAUUUGAAAAUGGCACAUUCAUGAAAUUUCACAUACUUUGCAUUUGAUUCUGCAAAUCUAUUUAUUUUCCAGUAACCAAGGUAAUAGAAUUCCACAGGUGGUGAUUAACUUCAUAAUGUUGACACUCGGUUUUGGAGAAGUGUCUGCGUUACAAUGACACCCUGUUAUUCUGGACACAUCCCUUUACUAGUGAAUCUUUCGGACCAACAAAUGUCCUAAUCAACGAAUAUUUGAUACAGACUAAUGUUGUGUUGUUUCUAUUAUACUGAGAGAGAGUUUCCCAACAAGGUGGUCGGAAUGUGAGGUGUCCAGACUAUAAGGGUUUCAUUGUAUCCUUCUUCCGAUGAACUUUAAGAAGCUGUACCCCUAUCAUGCCUAUGAGGUUAUGAUAUUGACUAAUUAUGUAAUGUAAUACAUAUGUCUCUAUCAAAGAUGUUAAACCCAGCUUACUCACUCACUAUAUCAAAGUAUGACAGUAAGAUAAAAUGUUUUAACACAGGUAAGAUGGAAGAAAUAAGAACCUUUGACUAAAAUAUCCUUUUGUGUGACAAAUAGUUCUUCCUCUUUGAUGCAGCUAGGUUGUAUUAAGUGUCUGCCUUCUGACCAAGAAAUAUUGGCUAGAAUACAGCAUAGUGGAUACCUUUUGUCAUAGGCAUGAUAGGUAAGUGCAUGAGGCCUUUCCUCAGUAAUAGUUUCUAAGUUUUUAGAUGCUUUUUGGAUCGGCCUUGCUAAAAUAUUAUGGGGUUAGUGGGUUUGCCCCUACACAAUGACUUGAAACAAAUGCUAUCACAAUUAAAUGUCAUGAACAUAUUUUAAAAAUAGUCUGUCACAUGCUGCUAUAUUAGUCGCAUCAACAAACAGGGCGGAUGUGUAUCUGGUAUACUGUAGCUGUACCUGAAGGUUAGGAGUAGUUUACAAGUAAAAUGUUUUUGUUGCAUAAAUAUUGAACAUUCAUCUAGUUAUUCAUGUAACACUAAUACAGUGACAUUGAUGAAACAACCGCCUUUCUGUGAGUGCAGGGCUACAUGCUUGUGCCAAGAUUUCAUAGGAAACUGUAAGUGGAAUUCUAUGAGCUCUGAUAAUUAUUCUCUUUACUUGUGUAUCCAAAAGAACAUAUUAUUCAAACAUGUUUGAAGUUAAUAUUGUGAAGUUCUUUUUAAUUCUUGUUCAAAUUGGUCUCAUGCAUAGCAAUAGUAAACAUCUUAACAUGAAGGCUAUAGUAUUUUCUCUUACAGUCUUGAGAAAUUAUUCCUAUGACCUACAGAGCACUCUUUUGAAACUUUUAAUGGAAAAUUAGAGGCAAUCAUUAUCUUAUAAUAACUGUCCAAAAGUCAUUGCCUUAGAAUUAUUUUUUUUAGAAUUUUAGUAAGACUAGGCUGUCUUAUCUACAAUAUUAGUCAUCCUGUCAUGGUUUCGACGGCCACUUUCAAUUUGUUGUCAAACGCCUUUCUUCCAUCACUCCUUACUUUACAUCGUAGAAUUACAAUACUGUGCUGUUUAAAUGCUUUCGUGUCUUGUGACUGUUUUCUUGAUGAUUAAGACCUUGUGGCUACAUAGCAUUUCUGUCUUCAAAUAGCAAUGCCUAUUAAGCAAAGGGAGGUAACUCUAAUGAUUUUCCCCCUGGAGGGGAGAAUGUCCCACAACCAGACUGGGGAAGGAUGUCCUGAGCCAGGAGAGUGCUGACAAGCCCAAUUGUGAUACUCAACUGUUUUUCAGUAUCAGAACCAAACAUAUAUGAAAUAAGUGUUGUCAAAGUGUAGAGUUUAUCCAUGUUAAGCAGCAUGUUGGAUGGUAAUGGUAUGGGUGAUGCCUAACUUAAGGAUCUCUGUUACUUUAAUUUACUGAUAUUCCUGAUAAUUUACCCUGAUGCACUAAUAAUGUGUACAUGUUAUUAAAGUAAUGUUUUUUUAAAUGUUUUUUUCUCUCUUUUUUUAAACUGUUUCGUUGAACAUAAAUUAGGAAAAUGGUAACUUAAUUUAAAUGGAAAAACACUAUUUCAUAUAUAUUUUGGAGCAAAAUGGAGGGAUGCAGGAAUAUUGCAAGACAUCUCUACUUUGGUGACUUUGGGAAAUUCCAGAAAAAGAAAUAGAAAAAUAAUUUUACUUGAUUUUGAAUUGAUCAAUCAAUUGUCCAUGUUGGCAGAUGAAAACAUCUUUGCUUAUUUUUUUUAUUGGCAAAUUUGUCUCCUCACUGAAAAGUAACACACAUCCAGUGUAGCAAGAAAGGCUAAAAUAUAAUCUCAGAUGAAAAUCCCAGUUUGAUUAUGACCAGUGACAGUAAUGAACUCAUUUGUAGAAUUGAGGUAUUUAUGUUUUGUAGAUUCAAAUUUCAAACCAGUCCGACUAAGUUCACAUAUUUAAGGUAUAUAUAUUGUCAUGCAUUAUUAUUAUGCCAAGUGUGCAAAGUGACCCAGUAGUCCAAAGAGUUUUGACCCGUAGCCAAGCGGGGCGGUCGGGUAGCCUUGAGGUUAGAGUGUUCGCUCGUCACGCCGAAGACCCAGGUUUGAUUCCCGACAUGGGUACAAUGUGUGAAGCCCAUUUCUGGUGUCCCCCGCCGUGAUGUUGCUGGAAUAUUGCUGAAAGCGGCGUAAAACCUUACUCACUCACUGUAGCGAAAAAUGGAUCUACUGUUGGCACCGUGAUUGUAAUCCAUCUCCCAUGUUUUCUCACACUGUUAAAAACUGAAAUACUGUUUGAAGGGUCGUUGAAUGCAUUUCAGCAACAAAGAACCAAAUAGGACACUUGGUCAGGGAUUUUGCUACAGACAAAUGGCAUAAUACCAUUUACAGGUUUUUAUCAAGUUUUGAUAGAACAUCCUUCCAUAUUAUCAAUUUGGAAAAAUAAAUUCCAACUUUUUGGAAAGUAACAGUUAGUGUGUCCUAGAAAACGAUCUGAAACGCUAUUUCGUAAUCCAUCCUCAAAGGUACUAAAUUGUGCAUUUCAGUAUCCAGACACGGACAACUGGAACUAUUUUGUUUUUUCAAACAGGACUAAACAUUCAUCCCACUGGUGAUCGGUGUAGGAUGGUUUGUUUGUCAUUGUGGUUACAUUGGCAUCCUGCAUCUCUGCCCUUCAUCCCUCGUGAGGCUGAUACAGUGGGAUACAACUGAAAUACUGUUGAAAGCAGUGUUAUACCUAUCUCGCUCACCUACAUAAAGCUAGAACAUACAGCCAUCAAAUACCACAGCAACAAUCUCACCUAAGGGGAAGUAAUUGUUAAGAGUUAUCUCCCUUUGUACAAUUCCUUUUUGCCAAGUGCUUUGAGAAAUUGAUAUUGAAUUGCAAAAUUUACCAAAAGAGUUAUUUUUGAAUGGUUAUGCCUAUUUUGGAUUAAUGUGAAGUAUUCUUUUCAAAGAUAAACACAGUGCUAUCAAAGUAUGUCAUGUUAAUAUCUUGUUUGAAUUUGAAAGUGUUUAGUAUGUAUUAUAUGAUCAUUAUAUGGUAUUGAUCUUAUAGAUCAGAACUUAUCUGACAGACAAAUUGUCUUUAAAAGAGAAAAAUUAGUGUCAGAAUUUUUCUUGUGCAUUUCACUUUGUUCAGACAGGGCUGGAAGAGUCCAAGUAAGGGAGUUUAAUUCACAUUUCAUUGUUUUUCUAAAAAGUCAAGACUCCCUUUGUAUGAAUGGACCUGUGUUGUUUAGUAUCUGGCCUUGAUUUUGUAUGCAGGACUUGCCCAUUGUAAAUGUAGAUCACAGGAAAAACAUUGUUGUAGACUGUAGACUAUUGUAGUGCAUCAUCCAAGAUGAUAUUGUUGUGUUUUCAUCACUGCCUUGUUUCAAGUUGUUAUUGUAUCAACUUACAAUGGGAAAAAAAUGUAUUUGAAGAGUU